AUGACAGGUCGCUACAUGACAUGUCACACUGUAGGAGACAUUAAAGUAGACCAGAGAAACCGGGCCCAAGCGAGGCCUGAGGCUAUGCAGAGAGCAGGGAAGUUCCAGCACUUAACACAGUCCCCGCCGUGUGAUGCACACUAUUACGCGGCCGACGAA